CUUCGCUGCAGCAACAACAGCAACAAAAAAUAAGGACCUACUCUCCCCUCCGCAGACUGGGAGUCCCAGGAGCCGGGAACUGCCUUUUUUUUUUUUUUUUUUUAAUUCUUUUUAUUUUUUUCCAGCUCUAGUUCCGCUGUUUUGCGGCUUUUUUUGUGUGUGUGUGUGCUUUCUUUUUUUUUCUUUUUUUCCUCUUCUUCCUUGGUGUGUGUUGUUGAUUUUCCUUCCUCUUCCAGAGAUUCGAGCGAUUUUGCUAGAGAGAAAAAAAAAAUAAACCAACAAAGCUCAUACACACAGACACACAUAUCUUUAUAAAGGGAAUCCCUCUUUUUCUCCUGGAUUUGUGGAUGCACCGAUGAGAGAUCCAGCCUUCCCAGGGACUGCCAUGGCUUACCACCCCUUCCACGCACCCCGGCCGGCUGACUUCCCCAUGUCCGCUUUCCUCGCAGCCGCCCAACCUUCAUUUUUCCCCGCUCUGGCUCUGCCUCCGGCGGCGCUGGCAAAGCCCAUGCCGGACCCCGGGCUGGCCGGGGCGGCCGAGGCCGGGCUGCACGUUUCAGCCCUGGGACAUCAUCACCAAGCCGCCCAUCUCCGUUCCCUUAAGAGCCUGGAACCCGAGGAAGAAGUCGAAGACGACCCCAAAGUCACGCUAGAAGCCAAAGAGCUUUGGGACCAGUUUCACAAGCUGGGCACCGAGAUGGUGAUCACCAAAUCUGGGAGGAGGAUGUUUCCCCCGUUCAAGGUACGGGUGAGCGGCCUGGACAAGAAGGCCAAGUACAUUUUGCUGAUGGAUAUAGUGGCGGCUGACGAUUGCCGGUACAAGUUCCAUAAUUCCCGCUGGAUGGUCGCCGGCAAGGCUGACCCGGAGAUGCCCAAGCGCAUGUACAUCCACCCGGACAGCCCGGCCACCGGCGAGCAGUGGAUGGCCAAACCUGUUGCCUUUCACAAGCUCAAGCUCACCAACAACAUCUCGGACAAACAUGGCUUUACCAUCCUGAACUCCAUGCACAAGUACCAACCCAGGUUCCACAUAGUUCGGGCCAAUGACAUCCUCAAGCUGCCCUACAGCACCUUCCGCACCUAUGUGUUCCCCGAGACUGACUUCAUCGCUGUCACUGCUUACCAGAAUGACAAGAUCACCCAGCUGAAAAUCGAUAACAACCCUUUCGCCAAGGGCUUUCGGGACACUGGCAAUGGCCGGCGGGAGAAGAGGAAGCAGCUCUCGCUGCCGUCGCUGCGGAUGUACGAGGAGCCUUGCAAACCCGACCGUGACGGCGGAGAGUCGGACACCUCCUCCUGUGAGCCCUCGGCCAUGCGCGACACCCUCCACUCACCAGUGGGCACCCUCCCCAGCCCCCUGCGACUCAAGGGCAGCAGCAGAGAGGAGAAACCAGGGCCCGACAGCGAUGCAGAAGUGGAGAAGGUGCCUGAAGAGCGGUCAGUGGCAGUGGCCAGCCCUGGUGGGGAGGACGUGACACCCCACAGCAGCCCCCGGUGCCCAGAGGAGAGGAGCAAGGACAGACAUAGCCCAGAGAAAGUCAAGGAUGGUGUAUCCCCCCGGGAGGGUCCUGGUGAAGGCCUGUUUGGCACGCGGGGCCUGGAGAAGGACAAAGUGGAAGGACGGAGGAAAGACCAGGACUCUGCCAAGAAGGAUGCAGAGGGCAGUGGGCUGGGAAAGGAGGCCUUUGCCCCGCUGAUGGUGCACACGGACAGCCCCCCUCACCUGAGCGCUGGGCACCUGCAGAGCCUGGCACUCUCUGGCCUCCACGGGCAGCAGUUCUUCAGCCCCCUGGGUGCUGGGCAGCCCCUCUUCAUCCACCCAGGACAGUUUGCCAUGGCCCCUGGCGCCUUCUCCGCCAUGGGUAUGGGACACUUGCUGGCCUCGGUGACUGGUGGGGGCAGCCUGGAGAAUGGAGCCCUCUCAUCUGCACCAGGUGCAGCAGGAACAGCUGCCCCCUUCCCUUUCCACCUCUCCCAGCAUAUGCUGGCUUCUCAGGGAAUCCCGAUGCCCACCUUCGGCGGACUCUUCCCCUACCCCUACACUUACAUGGCAGCAGCCGCGGCAGCUGCCUCGGCCAUGCCAGCCACCAGUGCAGCGGCAGCAGGUCCACUCUCCCGCAACCCCUUCCUGAGCAGCAGCCGCCCCCGGCUGCGCUUCAGCCCCUACCAGCUCCCAGUCACCAUUCCACCCAGCACCAACCUGCUGACCACUGGCCUGCCCACCAGCCUCAACCCCAGCUCCGAGGGCUCCAAGGCCGGCAGCAGCCGAGAAUCCAGCCCCCUCCCCGACGUGCCCUUGCACAAGGGGGGCAGCCAGCGCCCUACCACGUCCCCAAAGGGCUCACUAAAAGAGUCCCUCAACGAACUGCAGAACAUCCAGAGACUGGUGAGCGGGCUGGAGAGCCAGAGGGAGCUGUCACCCGGCAGAGAGUCUCCCAAGUGACCGAGGGGACGGGCAGCGAGCCCUCCCGGCGGGGCGAGAAGCACUGGUAUUUUGUACAGCACAGUAUCAAUAUUUAUUGCAGAGCGAGGGGUGGGUGCCGAUGGGGAGCAGGGGGGCUGGAACACAGGGAUGGAGCCCCGCUGGACCCACCACCCCAGGGCCAGGAGUGAGAGGUGGGAGCACAGGGCUUGCCAACCCCCCCCUCAGCUGUGGGGCUGGGGAGUGGGUCCCUCCCAAUUCCAGCGCAGCGGCCGAGUCCCCCUAGCCCCUCUGCUCCCUUGCGCCAGGUACUGGGCAGCUUUAUGAGGAGGGCAAAAAGCUGGUGGAGAAAGACCCGAUGGACAGGGUGGCCCCGUACCCCCCAGCCCCCACCCUGGGAAGCUGAGCGGGGCCAGAACCUCAUUUGUGCAAGGGGAAAGGGCGGGGGUAAGAAAAUAUAAUUAACAAAGGAAAAAAGCUGAAAGGAGAAAAAGAAACAAGAAAUGAAGCAUGGGAAUAAAACGGUCUCGGCAGCCACCGCUGUGCAGAGCUGGUACGGUGGGGUGAGCCCCGUGGGUACCUGGGCAGAUAUUUAUGGAAUAAAUGGUAAUUUGUGUAAAUAAGCUAUUAAGGAUCCCAGAAUAUGCAAAUUGGUAUUAAUUUAUUCAGAGUUGUACAUUGGUGUGUACAUAAUACUUAGAGUUUAACUCAUUGCAUUUAAGGGUUUUUGUUUGUUUGUUUCUUUGAUUUUGGUUUUGUUUUAUUUUAAUUUUCUGUUUUUUUUGUUUGUUUGUUGUUCUUUUUUUUUUCAUUUUACCUGAACAUAUAUAUUGUAAAUGAAAACUAUUUAGCUCUCUGUGAUUGAAGGAGAAACUGGUUUCAUUAACUGUGUUUUGAAAUACUGUUUAUCCCGCCUGUUCUCUAGGACAAUCAUGUGCCACCAAAACAAUUUUUUUGGAGUCACUGAAACUAAAAGGAUUUCAGUCAUUUUAACAGACUUUUUGCAAGGAAAACAAAACAAAACCAAAACAACCAAACAAAUCCAAACCAUAAUUAAAAUAUCUCUACAGUGCGGGGUACAGAGAAUGCAGGAAUAAACCUCAGGUUUUUAUUUUUCACUCCAGAAAGGAAAAAAAAAAAAAAAAAAAAAAAGGAAAAAAAAAAGAAAAAAGGAAAACAAAACAAAAAAAGAAAUAUAAUAAAAUUAAAUAUCACAGGACUGUGCUCUAUAUUUGUUUUAAAAUAAUAAUUAAAAAAAGAAAAAAGACAUGAUUUGCAACGUGCUGGUUACUCGGGUAUCUGUUUGUUCAGUUUUGAUGAAUUCUCACAUCUUUCAAUAAAAAAAACCAAAACUACUCGCAGAA